AAGCAGUUUUGGUGUAAAUUUUCCUUUUUAUUAUAACGGGCCAGGCCCAGACCCAAGCCGAGGCCCAGCAGACAAUUUAUCCACGGUUGUCUUGUCGUAUGGAUUUGCAUCUGAAGUGAACUAGUUUAGUUGUUCUUCAGCUACAAACGAAAACAACUUCAUCUCAUUAUUCAAACUCAAGUUUUCUCCAUCAAAUAUGCAGGCCAGUGAUAGGUUCAAUAUCAAUUCCCAGCUUGAACAUCUACAAGCUAAAUAUGUUGGUACUGGCCAUGCUGACUUGAACAGAUUUGAAUGGGCUGUGAACAUUCAACGUGAUAGCUAUGCAUCCUAUGUUGGACAUUACCCACUUCUGUCCUACUUUGCUAUUGCUGAAAAUGAAUCCAUUGGAAGGGAACGCUACAACUUUAUGCAGAAAAUGCUUUUGCCAUGUGGGCUUCCACCCGAAAGAGAGGACGACUGAGAUUCUGCAAUGAGAGACCAAGUUCAACAGUUUAAUCUCCGAUCAUCUUUAGUCUGCACUUUCCAUUUCAAUUUGGGAUAUCUGUUGCAUUGAAGCAGCAAUGAUUAGAUUUUGAUAUUAAAUAGGAAAUUGAAUGUUGAGACUGAUUUAUUGUUUGUGAAAUUCUCAUGAUUAGUUAGUAUGUCAAGAAUUGUAACUUCUGGUGUAGAACUAAUAUCAUUACCAAUAUAACAUUAACAAGCCUUUGUUCA